AACCCAGCACAAGUGUCUAUACAUCACGCGAGUUGCGUUGACAGUCGACAAGAAAUAUUCAGAUUAAGGUUUAUCUGUGAGCGCGUGCAAAAAAAAUCCUCAAGUUAAAGCUUCUCAGAAGCUCGUCCGCAAAUCGUCACAGCUUCUGCCUGGUCCCCAGCUGUCUUUCUCUUUUCUAUCAGCGGUGUUCUUUCGGAUAGAUAUUAGAGCGAGUUCUUUGGUCUGGCCUUGGAUCCAUCAUCAUGCGCAAAUCUAAGAUCUUUGUCGGAUCCUCGCAUCCAGAACUCGGCAAGCUAGUUUGCGAGAGGCUUGGGGUUCAGGAAGGGAAAUGCACUCUGCAGAAGUUUGCAAAUGGCGAAACAUCAGUGUCUAUGGGAGAGUCUGUUCGGGACGAAGAUGUCUAUAUUGUUCAGAGCGGAUCAUCACGGAUAAACGAUGAUAUCAUGGAGCUUAUGAUCAUGAUCGCGGCGUGCAGGGGAGGUUCUGCGAACAAGAUCACCGCUGUCGUCCCUUACUUUCCUUACUCAAAACAGAGUAAGAUGAAGAAACAUAGAGGUGCAAUCACUGCUAGAAUGAUUGCGAAUCUCCUUACUAUGUCUGGCGCAGAUCAUGUUAUCACGAUGGAUCUGCACGCUGCGCAGAUGCAGGGCUUCUUCACCAAGCCGGUCGAUAACCUGCACGCGGGCCCUACUUUGGCUCGCUGGAUCCGGCAUAACGUUCCUGACUGGCGGGACGCGGUUGUGGUCUCGAAGAACCCGGGUGGAACCAAGAGAGUUACAGCGCUUGCGGAUGCGCUCAAGAUUGAUUUCGCAAUGAUCCACACUGAUAGACGUCGGAGAAAUGUUUUCCCCAUCUCACGUGCUUCGCCUACUAUACUAGAAGAAGAGGAAGAUCAGGAAGAGGAUCAUAUGUCAAUGUCUGAAAUCAGAUCAGCCCGAGUCGUCCAAGGACAUGUUGUUGAUGACGACUAUGAAGCACCUAUCGAGGAAUCAACGGAGGGCUCACACUCCGAGCUCGACCCGAUGCAGUCGUCGAUUUAUUCCAUAGCAUCACAGACGGAUCUGGCCCUUGGAGGAACAAUCGAUGCAGUCGAAUCUGAUGAUGAGGAUAAUUUCGAGCAGAUGGAUGCUGAACGUAUGAUCACUUUGGUUGGUGAUGUUAAGGACCGGACUGCGAUUAUUGUCGAUGACAUGAUUGAUCGCCCUGGAUCAUUUAUUGCGGCUGCGGAGCACUGCCGGAAGAACUGUGGAGCAAAGAGCGUUUACGUUAUCGCGACACACGGUGUUUUUGGCGAUGAUACUCUGGAAGAGAUGGAGAAAUCGCGGUGUAUUGACUGGAUCGUGGUCACAAACACAUUCCCGAUUCCGUCUGCUCGUCGCAACAGCCACAAUAAGCUGAUAGUGAUUGAUAUUUCGCCUAUCUUGGCCGAGUGCAUGCGCAGAAAUCACUACGGUGAGAGCAUCUCUGCGCUUUUUGAUCACUACAUGACGCUCUAGAUGUGUUGCCACAUCAAGAGCUAGUGUGAAGAUGCCGGGAUCAUAAGAACAUAUGACCUGCUGACUUUUCCCUGAUCUUCACAUAUACAUUUAUUUUUUACAUUUGUGAUUAUGCUGUUUAGGAGUUUGCAAUCUGAUUGACGUUAUUACUUUAC